AUGGCUGAAGUCUUGGACGAGGCCGAAGCAUUUAUCCAUGCAACAGAAAUAUGCAGUGCGUCUAAGGAUGGAAAGACUGGUGAGGCGACAGAUUCCUCAGGGAAGAAAGAGAAGAUAGACAGGAAAGCCCCACGGGUAAAUGGUACUUGGGCUCUUUCUAAAGAGCAUAAUACCAAUUCUCCUGGACAGAAGAGAGGACGUCCACAAGAAAGAGAAUAUUUCGAAUACAAUACGGACCUUCUCACGAUCUUAGUGGACGUUGGGACCAGGUUCGAUCUUGAGCGGCCCUUCCCCAUGAAAUCUCCUGCUGGGAGUCGAGAUCCUAAGCUGUAUUGUCAGUUCCACGAAGAUAUAGGACAUGACAUCAAGGAUUGCAGAAGCUUGAAGAGAGCCCUGGACGGCCUAGCCUCCAAGGGGUACCUAAAGAACUACCUGCAAAGGAGUACUCACGGCACAGGGAAGAAUCAGUACAAGAAAAACAAGUCACCCGUCUCAACUACAGAAGGGAAUCACAGCGAAGGGGGAUUUGUAGCUGUCAUAUCAGGAGGACCAUCCGCUGGGGGACCCACCAUGAGGGGACAGAAAGAUUACGCCCGCCGUCUAGGUCAGGUAAUGUUGUCAGGGAAGUCACCGGUGGACCCAUUCCCUCGGAUAGAGAUAUGUGAAUCGGAUGGUGGACGUGUAGCCACCCUGCAUGACGACCCUCUUGUGGUCGAAAUCAAAAUCUCCAACAUAAGGGUAAAGCGCAUCUUAAUAGACACAGGAAGUUCAUCUGAUAUAAUGAGCAUGGAGUGCCUCAGCCGCCUAGCUCCUGAUCCUAAAACCAUAGAGAGCAUCCACUACCCUAUCAUUAGCUUUGGGGGAAGCAUCAUACACCCUGUAGGCGUCAUCAACUUGCUGGUACGGAUUGGAGAGCGUAAGGAUGGACAAAAGUUGGGGGUGGACUUCCUAAUCGUCAAAGACUUAACGACAUACAAUGUCAUUUUGGGAAGUCUCACCUUAAACAAGAUUAAGACAGUGGUUGUCACUCAUCUCAUGCUCCUGAAGUAUGUAUGUGACGAUGGGGCAAUAGGGACUAUACAUGGAGAUCAACAGCAAGCGAGAGACUGCUACCUCACAACUCUUAACCCGUUAGUAGGGGUGUAA